GCCAGAGAGAAAUUAACAGCAGCCCAGACCCUUUGCAUGAGGGGAUAUCUGCUCACAGUUUGCCUCAGUGUUUGGAUGGAUUCAGCCCAUGGAAUUGGGGUUCAGCUGAUCCCUCAGUAUCCGGUGGUUAAUCAGUCUGUUACCCUGAGUGUCACUGGAGUCACUGGCACAAUAAGAGAGUUCACAUGGUAUAAAGGUUCAGUUGCAGCUGCUCCUAAUCAAAUUUUCAAUGUUACUCCAUCUCUAAACUCAACAAAUGGGACUCAGUAUUUCCCUCAGGCCAAAGGGUUCCGGAAUGGCUCAUUGCAGAUUUCAGGCCUUGUUCCAUCAGACCGGGGGAAUUACGUAGUGCAGGUACAGACUGGGAGUGUAACACAAGUGACAGUUUUCCUGCCAGUUUAUGAGCCUGUCACUUCCUCAGUGAUCAGCACAAACAAUAAGGAACCCCAGGAGAAUGGGAAAGUCACCCUCACAUGCAGUACAAAUAAUGCAGAAAAGAUCCUUUGGGGCAAAAAUGGUGUCUCUCUCCCUCCCGGACUGAUUCUGUCUGCAGAUAACAAGACUCUCACUUUCUCCAGUGUCUCUCGCUCAGAUACAGGACAAUAUCGAUGUGAAGCUUCAAAUGUCGCCAGUAAGAUUAUCAGUGAUCCCUACACACUAACUGUAAACUAUGGUCCAGAUAACCUUAAAAUUAUAAGUAUGAAUGCCAGGAAACCACUCUCAUUAGAAUGUUCCUCUGAUUCUUUCCCAUCACCAACCUAUGGGUGGAAAAUCAACGGAACUAUUUCAGGAAUCUGA